CCAUGUUUAGAAUCAUCCGUCACUUGACAGCUCGAUGAUAACAGCAUGGGAAAUUAUUUUGAUUCUGAUCUCCCUGUUUGUAUCUUUAAAACUGCAUUCCUUACGGCAUGUGUUCAGUUCAGCGUGAUGAACUGCAAUCUCCUCUUUGUGGAGAAUAACUGGUAACCUAACCUUGUGAAGUUAGAAAAAAAGAAAUCCGAAAAAGGACUACACGGAUGUCAGUUCAGCUGAUGUUUGAGCCCUUCCCAAUUCUGUACGUCAUGCAAGCCGUGCUCACGAGUAAUUAAUAAUACACCUGACGCACCACAACGAAAAAAGAGCUCAGUCACACCCAAAGGCCAGUUUUUAAUCCAUCCACUCAAUCUUCUCUGUAUAAAAACAGUACGCUUAGUGUAAUUCAAAAUCAACUAAAGUCUUUUCCCAGGAACAAUUAACACAUACGAACUAAAAAUGGUGCGUGUGAUUCCAGUGCAUAAUUUUUUGGGCCAGAAUGUGGCCACAAUAGAAGAGCCCACUGCGUCGUGUGUAGCAUGUAAUCUUCACGGAGAAUUGUUGUUGUUGGCUUUACCGACCCAUUCCGUCGAAGUUCACGAUCUCAAAUCAUCUGAUUUGAAACUUCUCACAGUAUUUCCAACUGUCGAUUUGGUAUGUCAAAUCCUCCACUGCACAACGGGUGAUUACGUCGCAACCCUGGAGUCGAAAGUAUCAAGAGAUGGUCUUACGACUAGCUACUUUGUAAGAGUUUACGUUAAUUGGGCACUGGUAGAAAGUCAGGGACAUGCCAUGCGAGCAAGAAUAGCAGGCAGAGUAACGCCGAGCUUAAACCGUCCUAUGAAUAGUCUGGAGAUGAUAGAAUUGCCUCUUAACGGUCAGCCAACUGUUAUAGCAUGCUGUCAGACGACAGGAAACCUACUUGUUGCAAUCGGCUCCAGCGCUAUUCUGCAUGAGUUUAGGAUAGAGACUCAGCAAACUUCUAAAUUAAAGUUUAUAGAUUUUGAGGCAAGGCCCUGGUCUCUGGCCUUCAGUUUCUCUCCUACUCGAAUGGAGAUUACAGAGGAUUUUAUUUGCAUAUUGAAUUCAACGCAUUUCCUUGCCUUUCGCCUAACCAAUCCAAUGUACGACGACAUUGAUCAGCUCAGUUCUGUCGCUUCAACCAAUUCAUCUUCGGUUGACAAAACUUCGAUAUCUACAAACUUUUCUUCACUGGAUAAAACCGAGAAGACAUGGAGUUCCGGACAGCAGGAUUCAUCUCCCCGUUCAAUUGAGAAUUUAAAUUUCAAAGCUAUUCAUAAAGGGCAUGAACAAUCUGGGGCUGUUAGCCUCGAUCUGAAUUCUCUGGUAAUUAACGAUUCUACAUCAAAGUUAUCCCCUCACGAAAGCACAAAAGUGAACCUAGACCAGAACUUGAAUAAUAAUAAAAUACUCCGCUCUCGACUGGGUUCUAACAAGCUACGAUCCAAGAUUAUUUCCAACCCGUACAUAGAUUGGGAAAGAUUGGUGUGCAAUGAACAUAAUGAAUUACAAAGGCUAGCAUCAUGUGGCAUCGUGGAAACAAAUUCACUUCCAUUUACCAUUAAUCUACCAUCUAUAAGCUUGGAGAGAGCAAGUCCCGGGCACACCUUGAAUCCGUUUAUAUUGAAUCCAAGCGACAUGGAUGUUGUCAUACAAACAACGUCUCCGGACGACGGUUGGUCAGAAAAUUAUGCAGUUAGAAAUUUACUCCGUAUAAAAAUAUCGAACCAGACCAAAGACUCGAACUAUGAUGGAGAGUCAGAGAUAUUUACCUGUCUCGAACUAAAACCUCUGUAUCUGAAAAGAGAGUGCAACAGUCUCUGCUUAAAGAAGUCGAUACUGAGGUCCGAUAAGUUUAAAUAUCUUCAUGGUAUUACAUGCAUCAUCUGUACCACUCAAGAGGGAUAUGUCUACCACUUUGCGGCAACAAACUGUGAGGAAUCCAACCCAACUUGCUUGACGACCUAUCCAUUCACUGCACCCGUUCGUCACAUUGCUCUGGAAAACACCGUCCUUCACGCACUCACCGAAGCUGGACUGGAGUCCUACACUCUACGGUUGUCCCAUCACAUAGCUAGAAGUUUAAACUACAUCGAUAACUACAAAAUUUCAUGUCCCAGCGUAUCGGAGCCCGUCUGCCUAAUUGGCCUGCACCCGUUUUUGGGAAUGCAAAACUUAUUGUAUACCAGUAGUUAUCUUGUUCUUCUAGCCAAAGCAGAAAACUCCUGGACUUUGUACUGUUUGAAUUUACCAAGCACUGAAAAUUUGUACUUUGAUUUUUUAAACACUGCUAAACACCACAAAAACUCGAGCCCAAUUACGUACAGGCACCUCCUCGGCGAAGCACACACCAUUCUGCGAUUGUCUAAAGAAGUUAAACGACUCACUGGUACAUCCAUUACGGAUACUUCGAAUAUUGGUCAAGAUGUGCCAGAUUCUAGACUAGAGAACUUAUACAGCCAGUCGUGCGCCUUGUUGGGGGAUUUCUACAUCAAUUCUGAUCUACAAACAGAAUGGGAAUUGAGUAUUCCUUACUACAGAAUGUCACAGAUCAAAACCGCAGAGAUAAUUUCCAGGAAAUCAGCAGCCAAUGCUCCUGGUCUGGUCAGAUAUCUGAGUGAAAACUUAGCAAACAUGAAAAACGGAUCUGAAGCAGAUGCCCUUUUCCAAACUCACAAUGUAGUCGACAUAUUAAGUUCAGAAAGUGUCGAAGAAUUGUCAAGUUUGAUACUGAGAAGUUCCAUAUUGAGAGAAUACGCAACUGACAAAUUGAUUAAUGUUUUAUUGAAACACGUACCUAGCGACUGCACAAGAUUGGCAACUGUGCUGUUGUACCUGCAGUCAGAGAAACAAGAAGAAGCCAAGGAAGUAUUAAGACCAAUAUCAGAGGUUUUUAUUGAGAAGAUAGUUCUCGAGCAUUGGCAGCUUAUGUUCGAUUCAACUGCUUUGAAAAAACGCAGCCGAGCUCUGCCGACCUUCUCGGAGUUUUCCGGUAUUUUGAUGCAACUGAAAACGCGGAUAUUCGCUGAGGUUCUGACUCAGCUUAUCAAUGAUGGUAUUCUAACGUUGCAACAAGUUUUGCAAGUCUUUUUAGAGUAUUUACCAUCCAGAGUUGGGAGAGAUGGUCAUGAUGCGGCAGCGGCAUUGCAGUUCUUCAUAGAAACAUACCUUCAAUGUUUUUACAGUGAUAAAUCACUGGAUCGGUCUUGCUGUUCGCUAACGGAAACUGCGAACGAUUUCGCAAUUGCAAAAGCUUUCCGAAUCCUGGUGAGAUCAUAUCUAGGCAAUCUGACACAGUCAAAAGUAUACAAAACAGUAGAAAACAUUAAAGAUUGUCAUCAAAAUGAAGAGGAAGUGUACCUUUUCGCCAAUCAUCGGCCUUUGUAUCUUAAUAAAUUACCCCCCUACUCCACAGAGUAUAAAAGAGCACAGCAUCAUGAAGAAAUAAACAAUACGCAUGAUGUAACCAAAUCAAUUCGUAGCGAAGUACCAAAACUGCAAGCCUUGUUGGCCAGCGGAUACCUACCUUCUGAAUGCAUACGAGAAGUAAAACAAUUUUUGGAGACUCAAGAAAUCGAGGGUUUUCUUGCAUUGAAAUCACUAUGCAUAACGGACAGUGAGAUAGUUACACGGAUGCUUAUGGUAGAAUAUCCACAGGCUGUAUUACAGUAUGCAAAGGACAAAUAUACCAAGGAAACUGAGUGGAAAUGUUUGAUUCAAUUGCUGCAAAAUGAAAUCUCAAUGUUGGACGAGGGCCAGGAAUCUCUACGGUGCUUCUUUGAUCAAAUCAUGAAAGACACAGUCACGUAUUUGGCACAAACGUUACCUUUGGAUGAAUUCUGCCGAGUUCUACCAAACGAGGAUGAAGCAGCAUACAAACGAUACAAAUAUGCUUGUUGGCGAACAGAUGGUGCCGACCUUGUGAAAUCGAUGAUUGUUACAACAGGCCAUCAAUUAUUAGCUAAAUUAGCUACAUUAUAAAACUGUAAGUAGCAAAUUCCGAAUUUUACUCUGCUUGCACAUUGUCUGAAGUUUUAAAAAAGAAUUCUGUCCUCGUUGGAAAUUCAUUUGCACAGUGCAGAGUAUGUGCAUUAGGUUGUUAUUAGGAUACAAAUUUAGUAUACUGAAUUUUGUUUUUCUUCCGAGCUAUCGUACUUCUGUACGUCGAAACACAAAUUGAUCAUAGCUCACAUACCUUGUAUAACUUCUGAGUAUAAAAAACAUGUUGCUUAUAUCGGGGAAAUAAAACCCGAAAAACACUGAUAGUUAAGAACGACAUAAAAUGACUAUGUAAUUUAUCGUUUAAAAUUUGAUAUUGGUUUAGUUUUAUCAGCUAAUUGCUCGAAUUUCUAAAGUCUUUAACUUUGUUUUUUUUUACACACUAGUCAUUUGUAGUCAUAGAGAUUAUAUAAUAUACAACAUGUGGGAUGCCAGGUGAUUCAGGAAAAUGUACCUGGGACAUUACUUGUUUGAUUGUGUAAUUAUAUUAGAUACACGGUUUAUGCCAAAGUACUUGUAACAAUGUACGAUAGAAUAUCUCGAGUUGUUACGAAGUUGUCACUCAUGAUUAAAUUCAUUACAGUUGGAUCUGUAUUGUUUAAACGUAAUACACAUUAUGCUUUAUUUUCAAUAAUCGAUUUUGUAAAUUCUGUCAUUGUUGCUCAUAUCGUCAUAUUUUAUUUCUAUUCUUAUACAAGGCUGAUAAUUUAAAUGCGUGAAAAUUGUAAAGUUCGCAAAGGAGAUCUGCCUGUAAUGGACUAAAUUCAACUUCUUUGCUGAGUUCAGGUACUGUUUGGAACCAACUAUCAGAUACCUACUAGUAAUCAAUGAAUAAUUAAUGUUAACGAAAUUUUAAACGAAAAGAUUAUAGUUAUAUUAUACAUAUGCAUUAUUAUAUUAAAUAUAAUGGACUGUUGAGUGUUUUUACAUAUUAUAAAUAGAGAUUAAAUUUUAAAACAGUUUAAAAAUUUCUAAGGCGUUUUGUUAUUCUUCAACAGUAUCUUAGGCAAUGAUUCACAGAAUAAUAAACUUAAGUAUACUUGAGAAAUUGUAAUAGGCAAAGUUUAAGUUCUCGGUUUAAACAGUGGUUCUGUUUUUGCUACAAAGUAUAGUAUUCAUUUUGCCAAUUUGACUUAACAAUUACGUAUCUCAAAUUUUUUGUUUUACUUGAUGGUCAUAUAAAUUAGAUAUUGCAAUAUAACUGAACUGAUAUUACCCAACGCUUUAGAAAGUAAACUGCAGUGUUGAUGUGCCUUUAGGAUCUGUCUCUCUUUGUUAAACUAUUCAUAUAAAUUAUAUUUCAAAUUUCGUAUUGUAUACAUCGAUGAAUAAGUAUGACGUAAUAAAUGAACGAAAUUAAAAAGUAUCGCUGUGUCUGUAAACGAAUGUUAAAUUAUACUCAUUAAUGUUACAUUAACUGUGCAUUGAUGCACGUAUGUUGACAUACUUACCUGAUUUGUAUAGUAUCAGUUCGAUGAUCAAUCACGUAAUAAAUUUAUUAGAAUCUCAUUUGGAAAUGAUAAGCAAUCAUUUCCAUCGGAUCGGAUAUCGUAAUCUGCCUCGACAGUAUAUUUAAUAUUCCGAGCGGCAGCAUAGUUUUUGACUUGAAACUACACAAACGUUAAUAUAUAUCACAUUUAUUUAAAUUCAUGUUACAAUAAUUAAUUUUUUUAAUACACCAUUUUCGUGUCAUUUUCAACUAUGUAACAACUAGUGCUACUUUCGCGUUUCAAUAUUAUAAAUAGAUUUGAAUUACGUGUAGUAAAGGCACCAUUCUUGCUAUUGACGCAGUAUAUCUUUAAACUGCUGUUACUAGAAAAUCGAGUAAGACUUCAGUAGGAAGGAGGUCAAACCGG